GUAAAGAUAAAGCUGAGAUAAAUUUAACACAAACGUGCCAAUAAUAGGCUGAAGCACAGAAAAUCAGAGAAAACACAUUUACAUUUCAAACUUUUUUUUGGACACAAUUUCUAUUCCUCAUUUCAGAGUUUCAAACAUAAACAAUCCAUGUGCAAACACAUUCUCCCUCCUGUUAGUUUGAAGUAUUUAAAGAUGGUAGUAUUUUAUUUGUAAAGUUUUUCUCCUCAGGCUGAUCUGUGGAUGCUUUGAGCUGGGCGUGUUGUUGUUGUUGUAGUGAGGCUGCAUGAGCCCGUGGCAGCAGGAGGACGGUCGCCAUCUCUGGGUAAACACUGUAACCAUAUCACGCAGUUGAUAUUGUAGUGAGUGGAGUGGAGCGUACAGUAGCAGCAGCAGGAGGAGGAGGAGGAGGAGGAGGAACAGGAACAGGGUGAUAUGCUGCCUGCCACAGCCACUGCAAACACGCACGGCGGCUCCAACGCAGGACUGACGCUUUGUUUGACUGUUACUGUGUCACCCUCAUUUUCCUUUUUUCCCCCCCUCCCUAGCUUCCGCUUCGUCGUGCUCGUGAGCUCCGUGGAGUGGAAUGGCACCGCUGCUGCUGCUGCUGCAAUUGGCUUCCACCACUUGAAAUAGAGAGAGAGAGAGAGGGAGAAAAUGGGAUUUUAAUGCUGCAUCCAGCGUUAACUCUGCGCGCACACCAGCCAGGAGACUGUAGCAGUUCAUCGGCGAUGUUUACCACGGAAUAAAAACAGCGAAGCCGAGGGUGCACAACAUCUCGUUUCCAUGGACAACACGUCCAUAAUAACACAGGUUGCAAAUCCGAAAGAGGAGGAGAGCAUUUCUUCAAGUCAAGAUAAAGUCUCCCAGGCCAACAGCAGCCUAAAGAAGCACCGCAGCCGCAGCAUCUUCAGCCCCUUCUUCUGCUGCUUCCGCAACUACAAUGACUAUCACGUGGAGCCGCCGACCUCCAACAACAAGACAUUAUCUCUACCCCCACCACCGGAGGAGAACGGCAGUCCUCCCAAGUGUGACCAGGUCCAGGUCAUCCCCAGUCCUCCAGCCAAGUUCCUGCUGCCCGAGGUCAGCAUAGCAGACUACGGCAAGAGCUGUGUGGUGAUCGACCUUGACGAAACCCUUGUACACAGCUCCUUCAAGCCCAUCAGCAAUGCAGACUUCAUCGUUCCUGUGGAGAUUGAUGGGACUGUUCAUCAGGUGUACGUGCUGAAGAGGCCGCACGUGGACGAGUUCCUCCAGAAGAUGGGGGAGCUCUUUGAAUGUGUCCUCUUUACAGCCAGUUUAGCCAAGUAUGCUGACCCUGUGGCAGACCUGCUCGACCAGUGGGGGGUUUUUCGCGCCCGGCUCUUCAGGGAAUCGUGUGUUUUCCACAGAGGAAACUACGUCAAAGACCUCAGCCGGCUGGGCCGAGAGCUCAGUAAAGUCAUCAUCAUAGACAACUCGCCUGCCUCCUACAUCUUCCACCCGGAGAAUGCAGUUCCGGUGCAGUCCUGGUUUGACGACAUGACGGACACGGAGCUGCUCGACCUGAUUCCUCUGUUUGAGGGCCUCAGUAAGGAGGAGGACAUUUACAGUCUGUUACAGAGCCUGAGGAACAGGUAGCAGACAGACCACCACCCCCCACCCCCCGUGGCCUGGCCGCCAUCGUCCGGGUGUCUCCCAAUCUGAGGAUUUCCAGGCAAACCAUCUGGUUAUAAUAAUCUGUAGUGAUUCUUAUUAUCGCUGGACUCUUUGUACAGAACUCCUGUAUGUACAUACUCUAUGUUUCUAAGACCAAGACAUGCAUAAAGUAAUUUUUCUAUCAGAGAGAUUAGGUUUUACUAUUCUAUCGAGUAAUAUUUUAGUUACCAAAAAGAAUCAACUACACAGAAUGAAGUUUUUUUUUUUCUCCUGAGAACGGGUGACCUUUUGUUUUUAUGGUUUUUAUUUUUGUUGUUGUAUGCAGGCUGGUUUUGGUUUUGUUCUGACCUUUUGUUCCAACAACUGUGAUUUAUCUUCUCUUACAGAAUGAAGUGCCUUCAUUACUGUGCUGGUUUUAUCGUGUCUGGUUCUGGGGUGCACAAUUUUAUGCUCAAUAUUUAUUCAAAUAUCCCCCCCCCAAAAAAAAGAACCUUGAAACUGAAGGUGAAAAUAAGUCUUUAUCGAUUAAUCGGAGGACAAUAACUGACUCCUACAACUGAAUAAAAAGAGUCCAUAACAUUGAAUUGUCAAAUUUACCAAAGAUUUUUUCAAUUCAAUGUGUAAAUUUAUUUAAAAAAACAACAACUAUCAAUCUUUGUAAUAACAUCACCGUCCACCAAUAAAUGUUGAACCUUUGCGGAAACUAUAAUGAUUAGCUUAGAUUAUAAGAAGUUAUAUUUAUUGGGGGAAAGAGGGGUCGGUGCAUUGUAAAGGAUGCUGUUGAAAUCGUACUGUACAACAUUAUUAAAGUUGCAGCUUUGCACACUGUCA